CGCUGCUUGGCCGAUUAUUUUGAUUAGAGAAACUGUGUGGAGGUCUGCGUUAAAAAUAAGGGCACGCAAACUAAACGCGUAAAAAAAGGGAAAUAUUAGAAAUGACAACACCACGUGUCACAUUCGAGGUUCAAGUUUGCAUAUAUAAUUGAAAUCGAGCAAUUCUUCCCAACGAAAAAUCCAUUUAUUUAUUUAUUUGUUGCGGUUGGGUGCGUGAACCAGGCCGAAGCCGGGGGCUGGAUUUCCUCAGCACCCUGGGAGAGAACACCUUUGUGCGGUUCGGACUGCUGCUCGGGCAGCGCCUAAUCAAUUUCAGUUUGAGGUUACCUGCAGGCCAGCCCUGAGGAAAUCCCUACCCUGUGUGAGAAUGAGAUCAGUGGGUGGCGGCUGUGAGAUCUGAAGGAGGCAGCCUCCUUGCCUGAGGACGCCAUGCUCCCGUGGAACCAAUGAUGGACCCGGACACCUUCUCCCACAUCCGGCUGUGGUGCCCCCGGCCUUUCGGGACCUACUCCCAAAACAAGCCAAGCAACGGGGCUGGCAGUGGAGUUGGAGGCACCCUGCUGAAGUCAGCCAGCGACCUUGUAUGCCGGGGGCCGCAAGGGGAGGAGGGGGAGGAGGAGCCCACCUUGGAGAACACUCCCCUAGUCACUCCCCCCUCCCUGUCCUCCAAUGGGAACCAGGUUGAGGAUGGCCGUGUGCUUCUGGACACCUGGUACGUCAUCAAGCCUGGGAACACCAAGGAAAAGAUUGCUUUCUUUGUGGCCCACCAGUGCAACGGGCUGGGCUUGACCCGACCCAACACCAUGAAGGUCAAAGGGAACUGGAGCACCGACUGCUCCAAGGCGAAGCGCCGCCGCUGCUCCUCCUACAACCCCAGCAAGUCCAGAGCCAACAGCUCUGAGCUGCAGAAGGAGCCAGGGGAGCGUCUGGACGAGGGGGACUGUCUGGAAACAGAGCUCAGUGAGACAGAACUGCUGUCUGUGGCAGAGAUGGUGGCCCUGGUGGAACAGCGUACCGUCAUGGCCAUGCAGGAGGUCAUUGGACAGGUACCUCCCCAGAGCCUGAGCUCAGUUAGGAGGCUCUCCAGCACCAGUACCCAGGGCUCAGAGGUGUUCCUCUCAGAAGUGGAGACACCUGCCCCAGACGCUGAUCCCCCUUCCUCCCUCCAACCUCCAGCAGAGAGAGAGCCAUCUGAUUCCAGGCGUGUAGCAGAGGCCAUUGCCCACUUUGAGUCUCAGCAACAGCAGCUAGAGAGUGCCCUCCUGAGACGCAAUGGGAUGUCGCAGGAGAAGACUGGCGGUGGGGUGGGGGCGAGUGUGGGGACUGGAGGGAAUGGCAGUGGUGGAGGAGGGGGAGGAAGGGAGGUUAGGAUCGCCUUCCGUGUCUCCAGCAUGGACCCUUGCUGUCAGGCUGAAACAGGUAGCUCUGGCCGUCCCAACUGCAUGUUUUUGAGCUGUGGUGGGGGAAGCCCGACCGGGGGUGCCAGGGCCAAAGAGAAGAUCACCUGUGACCUUUACCAGCUGGUGAGCCCGUCCUCUCGUGACCCCCUGCCUCCCAGCAACAUGGAGAUCCUGCUGGCCGCCGCUGCUGCCUCCCCCAAGGGGACUGGGGAAUCCAGAGGAGAGGUACUUCAAGAGCACCAGAUCCCACCCACGAGUUCAAACUCUAUCCCUGACGGUGAGGCUGGGGAGAAGGGUGGCGAGAGAUUGCGGGAGUGUGUGUCCGGUUUUCACGUAGAAGUGGUGGUGACUGGCGCAGUGGACCAGUGCGUCUUCUAUGGGAAGGACAGCACAGAGAAUAUGAAGGAGGAGACUGUCCGUUUCACAGUAGGAUCCCCUGCCCCAGAUUCUUUGCCUUGUCCUGGGUGCGAGGAAAACCCUCCCCCUCCGGGACAGCUCUUCUUUUACCACUCCCAAACUGCACUGCCUGAUGAGGACAGCGAGCAGCUGGAGAUGCAGAACUCCCUUGACUGCACUAACAAUAACCGCAGCAGUGCCGGCGGUGAGCGGUUGGACUCCAGUGAUUCACCCACGAGUCAGGAUCCGGAUUCCUCGGACUCUUCCCUGUGCCGGCUCUACCGCCACAUCUCCCACGACUUCUUGGAGAUUCGCUUCAAGAUCCAGCGGCUGCUGGAGCCCCGGCAGUACAUGCUUCUCAUGCCCGACCACAUCAUGGUGAACAUCUUUAGCUAUCUCCCCACGCGUUCACUUGCUGCCCUGAAGUGCACCUGCCACUACUUUAAGGCUCUCAUAGAGACCUACGGCAUUCGUGCAACAGACUCGCUCUGGAACAAAGACCCACUGUACCGAGACGACCCCUGCAAACAGUGCAAGAAGCACAACGAGAAGGGGGAUGUGUCGCUGUGCCGCUGGCACCCCAAACCUUACCACCACGACCUGCCUUACGGACGCUCCUACUGGAUGUGCUGCCGACGCACCGACAAGGACACGCCAGGCUGCCGCGUCGGACUCCAUGACAACAACUGGGUGCAGCCCUGUGAACUGGUGCAGAGCCGGGCUAAGAGGUGAAAUUUGAAAGGUCCCAGUGGAGGACUGAGACUAUUUUCAAUGACGGGAGUUUGGGGGAUGGCUGUGUGCUUGCUGACAGGGUCCAGUUUAACAACACUUUGUAAUCUGUUUGGUUUGUGAGUGCUGCAAGUGUGUGUGUGUGUGUGUGUGUGUGUGCGAUUUUGUUUUUCCUUCUCACUUCUCUUUCUAAGUACAGAUUUAUGGUCUACAGUCCAUGGUUUUUUCAAAGUCCUCCUCAGACAAGAGAGCUGCCACCUGAUCACACCUUUCCAUCCUUCUUUUGCCACCCAGUAAAACACUUCCUAAGAUAUAGAUCCUGCAAGUAGGCAUAGCCAGAAGAUUCAAAAUUGAUGUUUUACAAAACCAGGGCUAUUGCUAUCCUGUUUUUAACACCUCUUCUUAAGUUGUAAGAUUUCCGUUUGAAUCCCAGAUUAUUCAGAACAAGCCUUGUUGUAAUGAAAUAUGCAAAUACAGCAGUACAAGCAGGUUCUUGCAUAUUAGCGAAGUGUCAAACUAAAAUGAGCGCUCCUUGAGUUGCAAUCAUAAAUAAAUGUUUAGCCUUGUUUUCAGUUAUCCUUACCUUCCAUGGUACUGUCUUGCUAAAACAUGUGAUUGAAUUAAAUACCUUUACUGUGAAAAUAAAGUGUAAGGUUUAGUUUAUGGUCUCAACACAACACUUGUGUGGUAUCUGUGAACGGACUGGCACAAAAGUACUGUAGAGUGUAAGGUGGUACAUUGAGUAUGGGACUGUGAACUGACAGAUUUUCCUUGAAUGCAGUAACAAUAACAUUUAAUGAAGAGUGGAUGGAUUCCAUACCUAUGCCUUCAUGCAAGAUCUGUAGCGUUUAAUCCAGCAAUGCCAAUUUUGACUACAAUUCCUUGGCGAAAUAACCAAAAAUGAAUAUUGCUGAGUAUGGGUAUAACUAAUCUUACAAGGAGCCAUCGGCUGCUUCAUAAUAUGACAUUUUUUUGUCCUGUGUUUAAAUAAUAACAACUAUUAAUAAAGAUGAACUGUCAUCUCCUUUGGGGUCUGCAAAGUCUGUUUUGUCUAUGAAGUGCCAGGUAUGAAACACCACAGCUGUCCUCUAUUCAUACAUCAGUAGGCGUUUCUGGUGUGAACAGUGUCGUGGCUCUGUUGUUGCAGGAGAUAAGUAAAGGAGGCUUUUUCUGUUCACUAAACUACAGUGGGAUAUUAAAUGUAGCUGGUUGUGUUUCGAAUCCAUCUCUACAUGUCUUUGUACCGAUUGCACAGGUACUCGCUCUGCUUCAGGUCCAGCCUUGUACCACUGCAAAUAACACUUGCUGCGUAAUUUGGCAUAUCAUCUUACCCGUUGUUAAUGGGGAAAAUAAUUGUUAGGUCAUCACAAAACCAUUUAAACCAAGAAUGAGCUCAUGCAUGCCAGUCUGCCAAGCCAGUGACGUUAUUUCAAUCAUUAACGGGAACAGACAGUGAAGAUGUUUCAAGGAAAGUGCACACGUUUGCAUUUUGUGUGUGUGUGUGUGUGUGUGCUCGGAAAUGCAAUGUGAGACAUUCUGAUGCACAAGAUUCAUGGGGUAAUGUAUUUAUUUUAAGCUUUUUAGAUUCUCAGUAUGCAUGUGUAAGCCUCCUGCCUCUGUUUUUUUUAAUUUUUUUUUUUUUUUUUUUGUGAUUUCAAGUGAUUUAUUCCCUAGGCCUUCCACCAAAGCUUUGUCCUUGAACAGGUUGAUGGAUUUUCAACUGAGGAACUGGGGUUUGUUUGCUUUUACUGUCAGGAUGUGUGUGUAUGUGUGCGCUCUCACUCUCUCUCUCUCUCUCUCUAUUAUAAUGUAAAUAACGUCACUUGAUUGAAAUGUUUCCAGUUUUGUGCAUGUGAAUGAUCAGAUGAAUCUCUGGCCAGCCUAGUCCAGCUCAUUAAAAAUAUCUCCUGUCAACUCCCAGCUAUGCAUACAGGGCUCAGAUCUGAGCUCAGUCUAUACACAGGGUGGAUCAAAAACAUUAUUAUCAACAUUUAUGUAGAAAUACCAAAAAGAAAUGGCGCAACAAAUAUUUCACGAUUAUAUUGUAACCCGACUUCUUUUGUCAAAGACACUUGCUAGUUUCUUUCAGUACUUCUACAUAUCUUCCUACUAAGUGUAUGAAUUAGUGAGGCAGAAUUACAAGACAUCAAACGGUCUGCAAACAUCACACCGGCUUUCUGUAUGAUGUCCUGAUAGGAAUCGAAGCAUUACUAUGUGGCAGGCCAGUGGCGGAGCUUCAUUCGUGUUCUGUAGUAAUGUUUUUCAUGUGGUGUCUUGCUAGCCCUGCAGUAGCUCUGGAGAACCUGUCUUGCAAACAGCAGAACGGAUGGUCUCAUUGGUGGUCAAUUGGAGACUCUUGCUGUCUGUAUUUCCCUUUGCUGUCUGUGCACUUGUUGCUGUAGGUUAAUUUCCUGUGUCGUGGUUCUGGAAAACAAACGGUUGUGGGACUAACAAGGUUUACCAGAAUGAGAGUACUAAGAUGUUUACCUGAUUUCGUAAUUUGUAUAUUUGGUUUCAAUUAAAUAUUUCUCUCUUUUCCAA